CGGAGCACGGAGUAGGAGGAAAUGUUAACUGAAGCCUGUGAUUAAUUCAUUUUUGGUUUUUGGAUUAUUUUGUUUGUUUGUUUGUUUCUUUUAAAGAAACGCACCUAAAGUAUUCAUGUUGCCCGGAUAGAAAGCGAUUUUUGGGUCCACCGACUCCAGCCCGCAAAGAAAGGCUCACCAAGACAUCAUUAAACGCAGAUUGCACCAAAUUGAUUCAAGUUUUAUCUGUGUGGAGUAAAAUUACUCCCGCCCCCACCAGACUGGACUAAUGAUGGCUUUAAUGGUUCACCUGAAGACGGUCGCUCACCUGCGAGGGAAAGGUGACAAGAUCGCCAAAGUUACAUUCAGGGGUCUGUCCUUCUACAGCCGUAUAGCAGAGAACUGUGAGGAGGUGGCACACUUUAAUGAGACAUUUCGAUGGCCCAUUGCCAGCAAGCUGGAUGGAAAUGAAAUGCUAGAGAUCCAAGUGUACAAUUACAGCAAGGUCUUCUCCAACAGACUCAUUGGGACUUUCUGUAUGGUGCUUCAGAAAGUGGCUGAAGAGGGACAUCUAGAGCUGACUGACACACUCAUUGAUGAUAACAACACAUCAAUAAAGACCAAUGUUACCAUAGAGAUCAGGUACCAGCCGAUGGAUGGCAUGGUUGGAGUGUGGAGUGACGGGGACUUCUUGGAUGUUCCUGACGACCGUGAUGGGACGUUUUCCUUUGAAACAGAUAGCUUGCUGUCAGGACAAAGCCACGGGUCAGGGACGUCCCCUGGACGAUCUUUACAUGGAUCCAUACCAACCUUCAGAAAAGCAGGGAAGGGAGUUUUCUCAGCCAUGAAGCUCGGAAAGAUCAAGAGCUCUAGAGACGACCACAAGAAAGAUGAGCCAGCAGUCCUGGACAUGGAGGACUUGGACAAGAAAGCAAUGCGUCUUGCUGGUAUGCUGGAACCAGACACCAUCUCUUUGGCCUCUGUCACGGCUGUCACCACAGACGUCUCCAAUAAAAGGUCAAAGCCAGAUAUCAAAAUGGAACCAAGCUCUGGACGACCAGUGGAUUAUCAGAUAAGCAUCACGGUGAUCGAGGCCAGACAGCUAAUAGGCCUCAACAUGGACCCUGUGGUGUGUGUGGAGAUUGGAGAUGACAAGAAGUACACAUCUAUGAAGGAGUCCACCAACUGUCCAUACUACAACGAGUAUUUUGUCUUUGAUUUCCACGUCCCUCCUCACGUCAUGUUUGACAAGAUCAUCAAGCUUUCAGUUAUUCAUUCCAAGAACCUUUUACGGAGUGGGACCUUGGUAGGAACCUUCAAAAUGGAUGUUGGGACUGUUUACUUUCAACCUGAACACCAGUUCUACCAUAAAUGGGCCAUCCUGUCUGAUCCUGAUGACAUCACAGCAGGAUGUAAAGGAUAUAUAAAGUGUGACAUCGCUGUGGUCGGAAAGGGUGACAACAUCAAGACUCCACACAAAGCCAAUGAGACUGAUGAAGAUGACGUAGAGGGAAAUCUCCUGCUGCCAGAAGGCAUCCCAGCAGAGAGGCAAUGGGCGAGGUUUUAUGUAAAGAUCUUCCGUGCAGAGGGACUUCCUAAAAUGAACACAAGCAUCAUGGCUAAUGUGAAAAAGGCCUUCAUAGGAGAGAACCGAGAUUUGGUGGACCCCUAUGUUCAAGUGCACUUUGCUGGGCAGAAGGGAAAGACUUCAGUCCAGAAAAGCAGUUAUGAACCAAUAUGGAACGAGCAGAUCAUCUUCACCGAGCUGUUCCCUCCUCUCUGCAAAAGGAUAAAGGUCCAAAUAAGGGACUCAGAUAAAGUCAAUGAUGUUGCCAUAGGAACCCAUUUCAUUGACCUACGCAAGAUAUCAAAUGAUGGUGAUAAAGGUUUCUUGCCUACUAUGGGUCCAGCCUGGGUCAAUAUGUAUGGUUCCACCCGUCAGUACACUUUAAUGGAUGAGCAUCAGGACCUGAACGACGGACUCGGAGAAGGGGUGUCCUUCAGAGCCCGUCUCCUGCUUUCUGUUGCUGUGGAGAUCCUGGACACCACUUCACCUGAGAUCAUCAGCUCCACUGAGGUUCAGGUGGAGUCUGUUUCCAACAUCUCAGAGAGUGCUACAGGAAAAAUAGAAGAGUUCUUCCUCUUUGGUUCCUUCCUGGAGGCCACCAUGAUCGACAGGAAGAUUGGCGACAAACCGAUCAGUUUUGAAAUCACGAUAGGUAACUAUGGUAACCAGAUAGAUGGCGUGAGCAAACCGUCAUCAAAGAAGAAAAAGAAAGACGGAGAAAAUGAAGAAGAGGAAAGUGAGCUGAUCCAGAACUCCAGUGAGGAUGAGGCGGAUGAGGAUGGAGACCUCGUAUCAGUGUCCUCAACUCCUCCCAUGAAGCCCGUCAUCACUGACAGGAACUACUUCCAUCUUCCCUACUUUGAAAAGAAGCCAUGCAUCUACAUCAAGAGCUGGUGGCAGGACCAGAGAAGACGACUUUACAAUUCCAACAUGAUGGAUAAAAUUGCAGACAAACUGGAAGAGGGUUUAAAUGAUGUUCAGGAGAUUAUUAAGACUGAGAAGGCAUUUCCAGAGCGUAGACUCAGGGGAGUGCUGGAGGAGCUCAGCGUCGGCUGCAGUCGGUUUGUGUGUCUGGCUAACAAGGAUGUGAACCAAGCAGGCAGAACCAAACUCGAUCGAGAGAGACUCAAGUCCUGCAUGAGAGAGAUGGACAGCAUGGGCCAACAGGCUAAGCAGAUUCGGACUCAGGUGAAGAAAAACACAGUCAGAGACAAACUCAAGCUGGUGCAGAACUUCUUGCAGAAGCUUCGCUUCCUUGCUGAUGAGCCUCAGCACAGCAUCCCAGAUGUUUUCAUUUGGAUGAUGAACAACAACAAGCGCAUUGCUUAUGCACGAAUACCUUCCAAAGACAUCCUGUACUCCAUAGUAGAUGAGGAAACUGGCAAAGACUGUGGAAAAGUCAAAGCUGUAUUCCUUAAGCUUCCUGGUAAGAAGGGUUUUGGUCCUGCAGGCUGGACAGUUCAGGCUAAGCUGGAGUUAUAUCUAUGGCUGGGCCUCAACAAGCAGAGGAAAGAUUUUCUCUGUGGACUGCCAAAUGGUUUUGAAGAGAUUAAAGCCACUAAAACUGGCCCUGGUCUUCACUCUAUGCCCCCCGUCGGCCUCGUCUAUGACAUGAAGCAGGUGUUCCAGCUGAGAGCACACAUGUACCAGGCUCGCAGUCUGUUUGCUGCUGAUAGCAGUGGCCUUUCAGACCCCUUUGCGCGGGUCUUCUUUUCCACACACAGCCAGGUUACUGAGGUUCUGAGUGAGACUCUUUGCCCUACUUGGGAUCAGCUGCUGGUGUUUGAUGAUGUGGAGCUGUUUGGUGAGGCCAGUGAGCUGAGAGACGAUCCUCCAAUCAUUGUGGUUGAAAUCUACGAUCAGGACACUGUGGGUAAGGCAGAGUUCAUAGGUCGGACCUUUGCAAAGCCCACCAUCAAGAUGUGUGAUGAGCAUUAUGGACCCCCAAGGUUCCCGCCACAGCUGGAGUACUUCCAGAUUUACAGGGGGAACUGCACUGCCGGGGAGCUUCUGGCCGCUUUUGAGCUGCUGCAGAUACCCUUUGAUGCAGAGGAGAUCAGGCGAGCUCUGAUCGCUGUCCAUAAUUUUGCUGUUCCUCAGAUAAAGAUUGGUCAAGGAGGCAGGGCUGACCUCCCCCCCCUUGAGGGGCCGACAGAUUCAGAGCGUGGACCCAUCCUCCCUGUGCCGCUGGGCAUCCGGCCAGUACUGAGUCGCUACCGCAUAGAGGUUUUGUUCUGGGGAUUAAGGGACCUGAAGAGAAUCAACUUAGCUCAGGUGGAUAGGCCCCGUGUGGACAUAGAGUGUGCAGGCAGAGGUGUUCAAUCUGCGCUCAUCCAGAACUACAAGAAGAAUCCCAAUUUUAGCACCCUGGUCAAAUGGUUUGAAGUGGACCUUCCAGAAAAUGAGCUUCUCCAUCCUCCUCUCAACAUUCGGGUGGUGGACUGCCGAGCAUUUGGCCGCUACAUCCUGGUGGGGUCACAUGCUGUGAGCAGCCUGAGACGUUUCAUCUACAGCGCUCCAGACAAGACCUCCAACAACUGGGCAACCGCAGCUAAGCUAAUGAAUGGCUACAUGGUCCUGACCAAUGGCGGACCCCAGCCCCGCUCCUCACCCAGCCUUUCCCCCCGCUCCUUCUCUCGCCCUGCAGGUGACAUCAUUGUCAACAUGGAUGGAGAUCCUCCAGUCCGAAAGAUGGACACAGUCGUCAAGUUAGACGCAACGUCUGAUGCUGUUGUAAAAGUUGACAUGAUUGAGGAAGAAAGUGACAAAGACAAAAAGAAGAAAAAGAAGAAAAAGAAGGGAGGAAUGGAGGAAGAGGAUGAGCCAGAUGAGAGUGUUCUGGACUGGUGGUCUAAAUAUUUUGCUUCCAUAGAGACACUAAAGGAGAUCCUCAGAGCCCAGGAGGCGGCUCAGGCAGAGGCCGAGGAGAGAGAGGACAUUGAGAUAGCAGCUGAAACGGCAGAUGUCAAACUCGAUGAACUUCUUCUGAAAGGCUCCAAGACGAAGGAAAGGGGCAAAGAGAAGAAGAACUCUAAGGACAAGAGGAAGGGUCAGGCUGCAGAUGGCUCAGAGAGGCGACCAGUGAAAGCAAAAGUGGAUGAGCUAGUGGUGUACAACAAGGAGCUUGAGAGUGAAUAUGGCAACUUUGAAGACUGGCUUCACACGUUCAACCUGUACAGAGGAAAGGCUGGGGAUGACGACGAGCACGCUCUGGAUGAUGACAGGAUUGUUGGUAGAUUCAAGGGAUCCUUGUGUAUAUACAAGUUACCUGUAUCUGAAGAGAUCACAAGGGAAGCAGGAUUUGAUCCUAACAUGGGGAUGUUCCAGAGCAUCCCGCAUAACGAUCCUAUCAACAUCCUCGUUCGUGUCUAUGUGGUCAGGGCUACAGACCUCCAUCCUGCUGAUAUAAAUGGGAAAGCUGACCCAUACGUUGUCAUUAAGCUGGGCAAAUCAGAGGUCAAGGACAAAGAGAACUAUAUCUCCAAACAGCUCAAUCCAGUAUUUGGAAAAUCAUUUGACAUCGAGGCCACCUUUCCCAUGGAGUCUAUGCUGACGGUGUCUGUGUAUGACUGGGAUCUGGUCGGCACAGAUGACCUGAUUGGCGAGACAAAGAUUGACUUGGAGAACCGUUUCUACAGUAAAUUCAGAGCCACCUGUGGCAUUUCCUCCAGCUACUCUGUGCAUGGAUAUAAUUCUUGGCGGGACCCUAUGAAGCCCAGCCAGAUCCUGGCUAAACUCUGUAAGGAUGGCAAGAUCGAUGGACCUCAUUAUGGGCCAGGAGGCAAAGUCAAGGUGGCUAAUCGAAUCUUUACAGCACCGACAGAGAUUGAGGAUGAAAAUGGUCUAAAGAAGCAGACUGAGGAGCAUUUGGCCCUCACGGUGCUGAAUCACUGGGAGGAGAUCCCAAGAGUUGGCUGCAAGCUCGUCCCUGAGCAUGUGGAGACCCGACCCUUGCUGAACCCUGACAAACCCGGUAUUGAACAGGGCCGCAUUGAGAUGUGGGUGGACAUGUUCCCUAUGGAUAUGCCUGCUCCUGGACCUGCAAUUGACAUUUCUCCAAGAAAACCAAAGAGAUAUGAGCUCAGGGUGAUUAUUUGGAAUACAGACGAAGUAAUACUGGAGGACGAUGAUUACUUCACUGGGGAAAAGUCCAGUGACAUAUUUGUCAGGGGAUGGCUGAAAGGGCAGCAGGAGGACAAGCAGGACACAGAUGUGCACUAUCACUCACUGACCGGUGAGGGGAACUUUAACUGGCGCUUCGUCUUCCCUUUUGAUUAUCUCAUGGCUGAGGAGAAGAUUGUCAUCUCUAAGAAGGAGUCCAUGUUUUCCUGGGAUGAGACCGAAUACAAAAUCCCUCCUCGUCUCACGCUGCAGGUUUGGGAUGCAGACCACUUCUCUGCUGAUGAUUUCCUGGGUGCAAUCGAGCUGGACCUAAACCGUUUUCCUCGGGGCGCAAAGACAGCCAAGCAGUGCACUCUUGACAUGAUUCGAAAUGAGCAGGAUCUGCCAACCAUUUCGAUCUUUAAACAAAAGAGGGUUAAAGGAUGGUGGCCAUUCAUAGCCCGUAAUGAGAAUGAUGAAAUGGAGCUCACGGGGAAAGUUGAAGCUGAGCUUCAUCUAGUGACAGCAGAGGAAGCAGAGAAAAGCCCUGUAGGACUGGGACGAAAUGAGCCAGAUCCACUGGAAAAACCAAAUCGCCCAGACACCACCUUCCUGUGGUUCCUGAGCCCGCUGAAAGCAAUCCGCUACCUGGUGUGCAACCGCUACAAGUGGCUGAUCAUCAAGAUAGUGCUGGCCCUGCUGCUGCUCAUCAUGGUGGGCCUCUUCCUCUACAGCAUGCCAGGCUACCUUGUCAAGAAGCUGCUGGGGGCCUAAGUCACUGCUAGGGGGAUGGGGAGGGGAAGGGUGGCUGCACGGAUAGAUGGAUGGAUAAGUGAAAGGGAGCGACACUGAUGGUAGAUGCUUGCUUGCCCACAAGAAGGGAGACAAGACUGCAAUGUUUUCUCCUCUCUAAUCCAAUCUGAGCUUCAUAAUCAGCUCACACCUUCCCCUCUUAGCGCUGAAAGGAGAAGGAAACACCAUCGAAAGCGACUGCCCCACUGCCCCUUCCUUGCCGCCCUGGCUCCCAAGUAAUGAAGAUCCAACUAACAACUCUGCAAAACAGCUAACAAAUCUAAUGCACAAUAUUUGGACUCCAUCCUUUUAAACGAUUAGACAGAAAUUACAUGUCACAAAGUAACCCCCGAUCUAACCUGAAAAUCCUCUGAAGCAAUGCUACAUGAAAGUGGAUGAUUCUUUAUUUGUUUCAGCCUUCAGUUUAUUUUAUAUGUUUCAGGGUUAGUGGUCAGGCGAUUGCACUUUCAAAUCAUACUAUAUGAGCUCUUGUUACUGUUUUAGCUUAAGAGGGAAUGGACAAAACUUUGGGUGACACUUUAACUCUGCCAAUAUUUUAUUUAUAAGCACUAUAUAAACAUUGAAUAAAUGGUUUGUGGUGUGGUGUUAUAAUGUAAAGAAAUUGAACAUAGUGUUAGUUCAGGCAGGCCUCAAAGUCCCCACAGAUCAACUGAUAUCAAUUAGCCCACAGCUAAUUGCUCAGAUUAUAUUUAUCUAUUAGAUUCUAUUUAGGAUGUUUUAGCCAGCCUACAGUUGCUCCAUGUGGCAAGCUGCUUUGCAAACCGCAUUCAUUCCAGUUCCUCCUUCUAAUGCUGUUUUCUCAUUAUGUUCUGAGACAUAAUGAGUGUUGCAUCAUGUCUCAGAACAGAGUAAAUAUAAAUUACUGCAGAUGGAAAUAUCUCUGAAAUUUAAGGACCUUUGAAGUCAUUAUUGAUGUAGAGUACUUGUCAACAGCUAUAACUUAUUCCAUAAUGAUAUAAUCAUUCUUUAUCUGUUUAUAACCCAGCUUUCUCUAGUCACUGCUCUCACGAGAAGUUAUAUUUUCAUUAGAGUUUGUUAUAAACUGUAUAUGAAAUGUCGAUUCAGUGCUUAUAAAUGCUAAAUGAGGUUAAAGUGUUACCUUUUUAACUGUUAUUGGUCUUGCAGUUUUGCACACUUAUAUAGUAAUAAUAAGGAAACAAAAAUAAUUAUAUUUUCCUAGUAAAUUUCAGUGAGACAUAGAACAAGAUGACUUAGGAAUUAAUUGUUUAAUUAAUAAGCAUUUUGUGGUGUUUAGUUUAUCUGCAGUGUUAAAGAUUUCUCCUUAAGAAUAAAACAAAAACUGAUUUUGCAAAUGAUUCAAAUCUCCCCCUCAUUUUUAUAAUUGUGUUAUUGUGCAAGCACGGGUGUUCACAGCAGCUUCCCUCUGGAUGUCCUGAGUUUUUUGUGUGUGUGUGUAAUUAUGUAAAUGCUCUCCAGCCUCGUCUUCUGACUCAUAAACGUCACUGAUAAAAAUCCCAGAGAAAAUUAAAAUAAAUUAUUUGUGAUUAUCAUUUUGACCAGGGUCUGUUUAAUAAUCCUCCAAAGUUACAGACAUGUAAAGGUGAUCACUGUUGGCUACAGUAUAUGUUAAUAUGCAUGCAUCACUGUGAUAACUGACCAAAGUGGUCAUGUGUGUUAGCAUGACUUGUCUUUCCAGCUUGACGCAAACCAAAUCACCAACCCUGUUGUCUUUAACGUUAACGAAAAUGUAAAGAUGAUUUUUAUGGGAAUAUUAGUCAAAUAAGUCGGGGGUUGCUUCUGAAAACUCGGUUCUUGUCUCCAGACAAAAGUGUGUGGUGUCCUUUACCCCCCUUUUAGUUUGCCUGUGGUUGGAACCUUUGCUUGUGAUACUGUGUUUCACUGGUUGCAAUAAACUU